AUGGAGGCUACUAGCAAUGGCAGCGAUGCACCAAAGUCGCCGGUGCAUUCUUUAUCCUCCAUACUGUCGUCUGAGUCCACAAAAAAGCUCAUUCACAGUUUGUCUAUGGCAAAUGUGGUUAGUGACAAAGCCCCCAUCGAAGCUGUCACUCAAGCACCAACUACAACAAGUACUGCUACUACUACUACUGUAACACCUGUCCUAGCGAAUCCGAAUUCCCCCGGUCUAGUGCUUCCCAAAGUAGUGGAAAGCAAAAAGCCGAUUAAAUUUACCGUUCGCAAGGUUUCACGCGAUGAAAAUGUCACAAUUCCGGGCAGAGCUUCUCCUCAAACACGUCUGUAUGCCUAUGGGAAUAUUCCCGAGAACCGGAAACAGGCCACCGAACGCAAAAAUGACUCCAUCCUACAACAGAAUCAAGAAAAGUAUGAUCUGUACGUGAAGAGACUUGACAAGAUUGAUAAAGAAAUUGAGUUUUUACUUAAUUUGCUCCCACCCUACAAUGUUGAGAUUGACUAUGCUACCAGAAACAAGAUUACUCGAGCAGUUGAGAAACUAAGAAUGAAAAGAGACGAGGUUGAAAAGAAGAAGUAUAGUUUAGGAAUGUCUAUUAGUCGUAUGUGGAGAGAAUUCGACGAGAAUGAAACUUGGGUCCGGAGUGUCAGCAACCACUAG